CCCCCUCCUCCUCCUCCUCCUCCUCCUCCUCCUCCACCUCCUCCUCUCAGUGUCGGUCAAGCAGCCAUGGCGCGGGACAAAGAAGCAGAGCCCUGGAAGAAACAAGUCAACGACGUCAGGGAUUUGUUCCACUUUAAAGAACUGCUGGGCACGGGGGCUUUUUCAGAGGUGGUCUUGGCCCAGGAGAAGCAGACUGGACGGAGGUUCGCUGUGAAGUGUGUGUCCAAAAGAGCCUUGAAGGGAAAAGAGAGCAGCGUCGAGAACGAGAUCGCAGUGUUGAGGAGGAUCCAGCACGACAACAUCGUGGCCCUAGAGGACAUCUACGAGACUGUGGACCAUCUGUACCUGGUCAUGCAGCUAGUGUCUGGUGGCGAACUCUUUGACAGGAUCGUGGAGAAAGGGUUCUACACAGAGAAAGACGCCAGUUCUCUCAUCCGUCAAGUCCUGGACGCCGUCAACUACCUCCACAGGAUGGGCAUCGUCCACAGAGACCUGAAGCCAGAGAACCUGCUGUAUUUUAACUCCCAGGACGAGUCAAAGAUCAUGAUCAGUGACUUUGGUCUGUCAAAGAUGGAGGUCAGUGGGGACGUCAUGUCCACGGCGUGUGGAACACCAGGAUACGUAGCUCCAGAGGUUCUGGCCCAGAAGCCCUACAGCAGGGCGGUGGACUGCUGGUCCAUCGGAGUCAUCGCCUACAUCCUACUCUGUGGUUACCCUCCGUUCUACGAUGAGAACGACUCCAAACUUUUCCAACAGAUCCUCAGAGCUGACUUUGAGUUUGACGCUCCGUACUGGGACGACAUCUCAGACUCGUCUUUUAUUUCCGCCAAGGACUUCAUCAGGAGUCUGAUGGAGAAGGAUCCAAUCAGACGCUUCAGCUGUGAACAGGCGCUCACACACCCCUGGAUUGCUGGAGACACAGCUCUGUGUAAGAACAUCCACGAGUCUGUGAGCCGACAGAUCAGGAAGAACUUCGCCAGGAGUAAAUGGAGGCAAGCCUUUAAUGCUACGGCCGUGGUCCGACACAUGAGGCGGCUGCAGCUGGCCUCUGGCUCCCCCUGCAGGCCCAACCCAGACCACACAGGGCAGAGCCGGUCGUCUCAGAGCCAGAACUUCACGCAAACAGUCAACGACGGUGACCGAGUAUCAGAGCGUGUGUUGCCAUCAGUCGCCCCCUGCAGUCUGACCUCAGCAGAUGUUGCCCCCUCCACAGGGGCAGAUCUAAGUCGACCACAGCAGUCGUCACCUGCAGAAACCAAGUGACGGCAGGUCUGACGGGGGAGGAGGAGGAGGAGGAGCAGGAGGAGGAGGAGGAGGAGCAGGAGGAGGAGGAGGAGGAGCAGGAGGAGGAGGAGGAGGAGCAGGAGGAGGAGGAGGAGCAGCAGGAGGAGGACACAUCACUCUGAUGAAGAGAAGGUCCCUCUGACCACCCAGGACCCAGGACCCUUCUGUUGGCUCCGCCCCCUGACUGUCAGCUGACGUCCACGACAGAAAAUGCAGUACACAGUACACAGAAAAUGCAGUAUGCAAGACACAGUAAAUGCAGUACGCAGUACACAUACAGUAGUGAGGAACUCUCAGUGUUUCACUGUGAGAACUCUACACCAGGACCCAGGGCUGGUUUCUCAACCAGAGGGAGGUGGCCCCACCUGGGACAGAGAUAAUGUUGUUGAAGUUGGUUUCUUAAAUGGACAAAUAAAAUUCCUCUGAACUCUU